AUGAGGCAAUGCCAACAGCACAUCAUAUGCCAGAUACGCAGAGGCACGUAUUUUCAGAUCGUGAACUGGAUAUCCAACCUACAAGUAGCGGAAUGGACAACCAAGAGUGCACGCAGAUAUCUAAUGAAAAUAUAUAAUCAGCAGGGAAGCCGUCUGAAAGUGAAGAUGAACACCAGGUCGACAACAUUGAUGAAGACCCAAACUGGUAUCCAGAUUCCGAAGAGGAAGGCAGGUAAGAAGUUCGGUCACCUUAUCAGUUGCGAAGCAGGGUAA